UAAUCACAACUAAUACUUGUGUUAAGGUUAUAUUAGUCAGUAGUCGGGUGGUAGAUAGUGAAUGUAAGAAACAUACGCUGGAUUUAGAACGUACAUUUUUGCAACUAAUAUUUAAACAAUGGUUUUUAAAUGUCAGGAGGAUAGUUUCUUAAAAGAGUUCACAUCCAAAGUUGUGACAUGCACCGAAGGACAACUAAAAACAGUAAUCGGUGGAAAGAUUACGACUCUCAGUUGUUAUGAAGUUGUUCUGGAAGACACCAUAUUCUUUCCUGAAGGGGGUGGACAGCCAUGUGAUCAUGGUUUAAUGGAUAAUGUGGCAGUCCUGCAUGUGACAAGACGUGGGACAGAGGCUGUCCACUUUGUGGAAUCUGCAUUACCAGUUGGCAAACUGGUUAAGCAGAAGAUAGACUGGGAGAGACGUUUGGACCACAUGCAACAGCAUUCAGGCCAACACCUCAUCACAGCUCUAGCAGAUAUAUACUUCAGCUACCCCACUACAUCCUGGUGGCUGGGAGAAGGGGAGUCAUACGUAGAAUUUGAUAUCCGAAGUGUUAAACCAUUAAAUCUGGACAAACUAGAAGACCUUGUUAAUGAGAAAAUACGAGCAGCAACUCCUGUCUUUGUCACAGUAUAUGAAGAAGGUGACACAGAGCUCAGGAAAGUGAGGACGAGAGGACUGCCAGAUGAUCACAAGGGGGCAGUACGCAUUGUGACAAUUGAGGGGGUGGAGAGCAACAUGUGUUGUGGGACACACGUAACAAACCUGAGCCAGCUGCAGACUAUAAAGCUGCUGCGCAUGGAGAAAGGGAAGAAAAAUAAGAUGAACCUGUAUUUCUUGGUGGGAGGACGUGUAUUGCAACAACUAUCAGCAUGUCUACAUCGUGAACACCAACUCACUGCUCUGCUGAAAAAUGGGCCUGCAGACCAUGUUGAGUUGGUGGACAAAUUGCAGAAGUCUUUAAAAUGUGCCAACAAGAACCUGCAGGCUGUGCUUCGAGAAAUAGCAGUACGUGAAGCUGCAUGUAUCAAGCAGCAGGUGCCCAUCCCUCGUUACUACUCACUUCACAGGAAAGAGGCUGAUUCUGACUUCAUGAGCAUUCUUAUCAAUGAGGUGGGAGAUGAGAGUGUGCUGCUGUUCCUGACUGUGGGGGAUGAUAAGGGUGGUCAUAUGGUGCUAUAUGGUGAACCAGCUACAGUGGCACAGCUGGGACCCCAGGUGUGUGCACUACUGAAUGGGAAAGGAGCAGCAAAAGGACCAAAGUUCCAAGCUAAGAUUUCCAAUCUUGCCAAUCGUGUGAAGGCUGAGGAAUUAAUAAAACAAUAUGUUACAUGUACCACCAGUGGCUGCUGAAGUCACAGCAUGGCCACUACUAUGUACCACAUUGUAGAUCAGCAGUAUUCACAGACCAGACAACACUGUGUAGCUUAGUAUCUUGAUGGUCACAGUCUUACACCUUGUAGUAGUAGGAGAAAGCCACUAUAGCACAAUAAAGAAAAAGGCACACAACAUCCAUUUACCAACUGUGAUCUCAAUGGCACAGGUUAGGGGAGGAAUUUAACUUCCUUAAUUGCAGCAGAAAACUCGUAUUUAUUCAGGUAAAACUAUUUUCUACCAAUUCUAAACAUUCAGCUACAUUUACUAUACAGGUCUGACAAGAUGACUGAAUGAUAUGCAAGGACCUAUUUUAAGGCAUUGCAGAAUCUACAUGUAGUGACAGGAAAAUGACAGAAACCUUCACCAUAGUCAGUUCUCAAGAUGUCAAACCCAGAACAUACUGAAAUUAAAGUAGGCAUGCCACCACUUGCCCAUGAAGUUUAACCUUUAAUAUACAAAUGUUAAGAUAUAUCUAACAGCGAGUAACAUUCCGGUGUGGUCAGAUAUUAAAUUUAUCUAAUGCAGCAGCACACAUGCUCCCUUUGGGAGUGCGACAGUUUGAUCUUCAGGCUGAAACCACAACAAACCCAUGCAAGGUCAAGUCAGUGGUUCAUUCAUUAGCUCUGAACAAUGAAAUCAUUUAUCAUGGUACUGGUUUCGAUAUGGCUGUUUAUGACUGGGUCAGCCAAAUAGAGCAUUGCUUUGUUUUGAGAACUGAGAAGUAAAUAUUCAUCUGAACAUGCAAGGAAGUGGGUCAUUUCAAGCAUGUUUUCAGAAGCGAAUUAUCAGUCACAAAGUCAGUGUCAGAUUGUCAAUUAUUUAUUUAUAAAACAUUUUUAUUUUGUGUCUCGGUAGAGGUAUUAAGCCAUUGAAGAUGCACAUAUGGCCUUUGUGGAUAAAUCUGACAGGUUGGUAAAUACCUUUGGAAUUGCCUGAGGACAUGGAAAUCGGCAAAUUGUUUUUUCACCUUCUAGACACGAAUAUCCUCAAUGCCUAUUUACUGCAUAAGUCAUGUGGUGGAAAAAUGACACACAAAAUAUUCCGCAAAAUCCUAGUGCAAGAUUUGAUUGUAUAGUCACACAAGGUGAAUAUCACGGUCAGUGCCAUUUCUCAGGGAGGCUAAGUUCAUCCAGGGCCCAACUGAGUCAACUAGAGGCGAAAAAUUCGCAACACUGGCCAUCCAAAGGGAAACAAAGACGUCAUGUGUGUUCUCUAAAUAAGAAAACCAGGAGCACCCUCUUCUGUUGUAAAAUGCGUGAUGUUGAUCUGUGUGUUGAGGACUGGGAGCACUUAAUGGAGUUAUCAUAAACUGUAGUGACGCAGUUUAUACUCUUGUACAUUCUGAACAAAGGAUUAUUGUAUAUAGUGUGAUUAUUUUUUACAAACUCAACAUGUCUGAAGUUUCGAGAAAACUAUGGGUAAGCCCUUUGGAAUUUAAUAAUAUAAUAAAGACGAUAUUUUGCUGCAUUUUUGACAAAAUAGACAGAAUAUAUUUUCAUUUGUAAAAAUUGUGCUUUUGUGCAUAUGUAGAAAAUGUUAUUGUUUUUAAGGCUGUUUUAGUUC